AUGGAUUCCAUGAUCUACACCUUCGAGUCUCUUCGCAUCGAAGUGAGCCACUUCAUCAGCGAGGCCGCUCGCGCCAACUUCUCGCCAGAAGUUCUGGUCGUUGCCCCAAUGCCGAUGAAGUAUCCGAAUGGAGCCUCCGGAACCGUCGUGCCUGGCACGCGACUCUUUAUUCUGCACUCCGAAGCCGUCAUACAGCAAAAGGUCUUCUCCACGUUCCCGUGCGACUGGGCCUGGGCUACCAACUGGGAUCUACGCAGCUGCACUCGACCAACGGACGACGUUGUCGAUCUCGUCAGACCAGAAGGCGAGACGCCAGAACAGACUUCGCUGUGGGAAGAUGACGAGGAUGAGCUGUACGAUGUAACGCCGACGAAGGCUAGGGUCCGCCCGGCAGCCAAGCAGCAGCCCAUGCCCAAGUCUUCUGGCGUGAACAAGCGACAUGCUGAGGAUGCGAACGCGCAUGGCGAUGGCUUGACGAAGCGCUCACGCGACGAUUAA